CCGAAACAUUUCCUUCAUUUCAUUGAUUUCACACAGGCUAGUCGCUGUGGCGGUGAACGGCGGCCGACGCAUUACUGAGAGUGCCGUAUCUGCGUACGAACUGGAACUUCGUGUUUAGGAUUUGAUGUCGAGGUUCCGAUCACUCUGGCAAGCUUCUCUGAAUGUAACAAAGAAAGCUCUUACAUGGAAUGUUGAAGACUGGGUACCUCCGGCUGAGAGGUAUAUUUUCAGUUUCAAUUCAAAGGAAGAGCUAAAAAAGUGGCAUCUAUAUUCUGAUUCUGAAUAUGGAGGCUUAUCCUCAGCUUCUUUGGAGAUAACAGAUCCCAGCGAUGGACGAAAAGGUGUUUUCUCUGGGAAUCUGUCAUUAGAUGUAUCUGAGGACUCAAAAUGGAAGAUAACUCGGGGUGGCUUCUGUGGAAUGCGGUCCAAGAAGGUUGAUGGCUUCAUUGAUCUAGAGGCAUACGACACAAUAGCCAUGAAGAUCAAAGGUGACGGAAGAUGCUACAUAUCCACUAUUUAUACUGAGAAUUGGGUUAACUCACCUGGGCAACAGGAAGAUAAUUCAUGGCAGUCUUUUGUUUUUGCACCUAAAGAUGACUGGUGUAUUGCAAAGAUUCCUCUUGCUCGAUAUUUACCAACAUGGAGAGGGAAUGUCAUAGAUGCAAACCUGGAAAUGAAUCCAUCUCGUAUUCUUGGUAUGUCUCUUUCUGUCAAUGCGGGAGGUGGCUUCUCUGGUGCUAGAUCUGGACCAGGUGAAUUCAGAGUAGAGAUUGAAUGGAUCAAAGCCUUGAGAACUCACUAACUUAGUAAAUCAUUGUAGAAAAUUUUCAUGCCUGUUGAUUCAGCCCUUCAAGGUAUUGCUUUCUUAUUUUGUAAUAAUCAAGUUGUGUUACAAAAGAAAAAAAAAUUGCUUCUGGCAUUUGGUUAGCACGACCAUAAAACUUUUACUGAUUUUGCUCUCACGAUAAGUUAUUAUCUUGCACUCAGUCUGUUGAUGCAUGCCUGGGUUUUUAACAGGAUAAUAAUUUAUUUUGCUCUACAGACCGAGAACAAACCCAUGCUAUAGAAGCAAUUUCUGUAAUCUUCUUCUAUUAUCAAAUGGAUUAUUCUACAGGGGAAAAUAUUAUGCCAAUAAUGUGUAAUGCAGUCUAAACUUGUUUGUUAUA